CAUAAGCCGAGUGAAGUGACGGAGCCGACAGGCUGUAGGUCUCUGCAAAUGUUCCGACCUUCUGUCUCUGUGUGAAGCGGACACAGCGUUCGUCUCGCUACUAUACCGAUUUUCUCUAUUUUAACUUGUUUGAAGCGUUUUAUUACCGACGUGCUAUCAAUGGAUCCACGUUGAAGUUGCAAAAGAUGGAAGCUAAGUAAGCAUCUUGACAAUCUAUUGCUUUUGAAAAAAUUAAAUAAGAGGAAAAAACACAUUUCUGAAAUGGACGAGUCCUUUGAUCCGCUCAAGUGCAACGAGGAUCUGCCCUCCUCACCUGGCUGCCACAUGGAAUACGAUGAUAUGCCUGAACUGCAGGAGGUGGAGGAAGACCAGAGGUCUCAGAGCUUAUUCCAGGUUGGACACGUGUCCCACCAGGAGCUCAGCUGCUCCCCUAACACCAACUGGCUUGCAGAGUUAGCCAACAUCGCCACCAGUCCCCAGAGUCCUCUGCUGAAGGAUGCGCCACACAAGAGAUCAUCUCCAGUCCACAUCUUUGGCAACAGUAACAGUUUACAUUCCUAUGCCCGGCCUCCAUUAGCCAGCAGCGCGCCCAGCCCUUCCAGAGGCCACCUCAGGGAGCGCAGACGUGUCAGGGCCAGCAGUGAAUCAGAGUCUGGGGUUUUCUCUAUGUCCUCAUCAUUUUCUGAUGAUGAAGACAUGGCGUGGUCUCAUUCCUGGCCGUCCACAGCCUGGCACUGCUUCUUAAAAGGAACUCGCCUGCGCUUCCAUCGAGGUCCUAACGUUGAAUGGCAGGAAGCUGAUGAACUGGGGGACUCAGAUGAUGACUCUGAUGAUGAAAACAUGUCACGCUCCUCGUUCUCAACCAAAAGAUUUGGGGCUGAUGGACUUAAACUGGUAAACCAUGAAGAUACAAUAUCAUUUGGCCAGGCUGCUCUCAAGCUGACCUUUGACCCUGGCUCCCCUGAAAAAGGUCUCCUCACAGCCGAGUGCAGAUUGGAUCACCCGUUUUUCGUAAAAAACAAAGGGUGGUCUUCCUUUUAUCCGAGCCUUACUGUGGUGCAUCAUGGGAUCCCUUGCUAUGAGAUGCAGCUGGGAGACGUGUGCCUGCCACCAAACCACCCAGAUGCUAUUAACUGUGAUGACUCAGUUGUCUUUGACACUUUCAGAAGCUAUGACUUCACUCCUCUGGAUUCCUCAGCAGUGUACGUUCUGAGCAGCAUGGCUCGUCAGCGCAGAGCCUCCCUCUCCAGCGGGGGCGCUGUCAGCCCAGAUUGCUAUAAGCUGGAGCGCUCCUGCUCCCCACAAUCCUCCGGUAGCAAAUCCCACCGUAGCCACCACUCAGGGACAGCCAGCAACGCCACACCUACGAAAUGCAAGCGGCCGAUGAAUGCCUUCAUGCUAUUCGCCAAGAAGUACAGAGUGGAAUACACGCAGAUGUAUCCUGGAAAGGACAACCGAGCCAUUAGUGUCAUCCUGGGUGACAAAUGGAAGAAGAUGAGGAGCGAGGAGAGGAGGAUGUACACCAUGGAGGCCAAGGCUUUGGCAGAGGAGCAGAAAAGACUCAAUCCAGACUGCUGGAAACGGAAACGAACCAACUCGGGUUCCCAGCAAACUUAGAAAAUCCUCCCCGAGCUGAGGCGUUUGAGCUUGGAGACGCGUUUAGUCUAACGGACCGCUCGAUGCCUCCUCCAUUCUCCUGCAUCGGCGACACUCAACUGUGAUGCUGGAUUCACUCGCUUUUGUAACAUCGACACAUUAUAGUGGCAGUACAGAACUAUGAAAUGUAUACAAAACAUUUAAUCUAGUCACUAACAUCUUAUAUAUUUUCAUACGAAUAUAAUUUUUAAAGAUCUCUUAUUCCCUUAAAGAAAGUGUGAAACGUCUCAUCUACUUCAGGUCAGUUCUUAUUCACUUGUGAAGAACAAAAAUAACAAACAUUUGCACAGAAAAGGCUUCAAGCAUCUGUUCGAAUUUUAAAAACGGGAAUUUAUUAAAUCUUUUAUACUUGUUUGUAUUCGUUUUUUGUAAAAGCAUAUGCACAGAUUGGUAACUAAGUUUGUAUAACAGUGUAUAUUCUGCCGCUUAGCAAUGGACAACAGUUUAUACGAAUCCCUAUCAUACCACGAGUCAACCUUCGGCACUUUAUAUAAAUAAUGUAAUCUGAAUCUAAACAGCCAUUGUAUACAGGUAAAGCAACCUGUUUGUAUAUUGCAAAGUAGUAUCUUGAUAGUUAGCCAUUUGACACAGUCAUGGCCCUGCAGCCAUGCUCUGUUUUCAGGUUGGAUUUUAAGUGCUUUGUUCAUAAUGUACAGGUUUGACUGCACCAACUACCGGUCUUGCACAAAAUAUCCUUGUAUCAUAUUAUAAAUAAUUUUUUUAAACUUCUCAUCUGUGUGUAUCAGUCUCUUAUUUUAUAUGUGCAUUAGGCAUGUCCACAGUGCAUGUUAAAGGAA